AUGUCGUACUACAACCAACCACCCGGCGGAUACCAACAACCCUAUCCAGGCCAAGGUCCUCCUCAAGGUUACGGACAACAACAGUAUCAACCACCUCCACCCCAAGGCUACUCUCAACCACCCAUGCAGCAUCAACAGUACGGCGGUUACCCGCCCCAGCAAGGUUACGGCCCGCCUCAAGGUCAAUAUGGCGCCCCGCCCCCGCCCCAGGGUUAUGCUCCUCCCCCUGGGCAGUAUCAUCAACCACCACCGGGUCAAUAUGGUGCACCUCCAGGUCAAUACGGUGCACCGCCGCCGCAAGGACAAUACGGGGCCCCGCCACCAGGCCAGUAUGGAGCCCCUCCACCGGGCCAAUAUGCUCCUCCACCCCAAACAAGUGGCUAUGGCGGCCCGCCAACCCAACCGUCUCUCGGCUACGCCCAACAGACAGCCAACAUUGACAUGAUGAAGGACGUUGAGGCUAUCCGCAAAGCCAUGAAGGGCUUUGGCACUGAUGAAAAGGCACUUAUUAGUCUCUUGGCCAAGAAGGAUCCCAUCCAGAUUGGCACGAUCCGUGCACAAUACGACCAACGCCUAAUGCGGAAUCUAGUCCAGGAUCUUGAAAAGGAGACUAGUGGUUACUUCGCAAGGGGACUGGUGGAGAUUGCUCGAGGACCCCUAGUAUCUGACUGCUACAACCUUAUGGAAGCAAUGAAGGGUCUGGGCACAAAGGAAGUUAUCCUGGAUGACAUUCUCGUUGGCCGCAGUAAUGCCGAUAUCAACAUCAUCAAGCAAAAGUAUCAGGAACUCUUCCAACGGUCUCUUCAAAAGGAUCUCAAGGGUGAUCUCAGCGCCGGUACUGAGCAGAUGUAUGACAUGAUCAUCUCAGCACGUCGUGCAGAGGACUCACAUCCUGUGAUUCCUCAAGAGAUUGACCAGGCCGUAACGCAGCUACAGGCCAGUCUGGGUGGCUUCGCCAGCAAGAAUGCUGCGCAGGUCUGCCAGAUCCUUACUAGCAAGAAUGACGCCCAGCUCAGAGCGAUUGCACAAUCCUACCAACAGCGAUUCCACAAGUCUCUCGACAGCGUGCUGAAAUCUUCAUUUUCGGGUCACAUGGAGGAUGUGCUUCGUCUUCUGGUGCGCCGUGCUAUCAACCGGCCCGAAGCGGAAGCAGUCCGACUGGAAGAGUCCAUGGCUGGCUUAGGCACAAGAGACGAGCUCCUCGUGCAGCGUGUUGUGCGAUGUCACUGGGAUAGGAAUUUCAUGAAUGCAGUUAGCACUGCGUACAAGCAGGUCUACAAGAAGGAUCUUGUCAAGAGGAUAGAAGGAGAGACGCGCGGUGAUUACGAGAAGCUCAUGGUUGCUUGCGUUAAGCCAUGA